AAAGAUUCUCUCUUUCUUCAUCUUCUUCAUUCUUUCUUUCAUAUAUAUGAUCAAGCUUCUUCAUCUUCUUCAUUCAAAUUCAAAUGAUUAUGAUUGCAGCUUGAUAAGUUCAUCAGCUUUAGCAUUCUCAAAUCUCUUCAUUGCUCUCAAUUCCGAUCGAAUCUGCAUCAGAAAUGGUGGCGGAGCCUUGGCUUUUAAGAAUGGGUAGCCAGGUAAGUUCAAAUCUCAAACACGCUCUUCCAAUUCAAUCCAAUACAAAAACAUCGAAAUCAAAUCAUGAACACAAACAAGUUAUAGGAAUUCUCUCAUUCGAAAUUGCAAAUCUCAUUUCAAAAACCGUUCACCUAUACAAAUCUCUAACUGUUCGCGAGAUCUCCAAGCUGAAGAACGAAAUCUCCGAAUCCGAUGGACUAAGAAACCUAGUUUCCUCUAACGAAUCUCAUCUUCUUGAUCUCGCGUUUAUAGAGAAACUCGAUGAUCUAACUCAAAUCGCUGGUGUAGUUUCUAGAUUAGGUAAGAAAUGUACUGUCCCUGUUCUUCAACGGUUUGAGCAUGUUUAUGGAGAUAUAGUGAAAGGAGAUAUUGAUGUGAAGAGAGUUGGAUUUCUCGUUAAGGAUAUGGAAGGUAUGAUGAGGAAGAUGGAGAGAUAUGUUAAUUCAACUGCGAAUUUGUACAGAGAAAUGCAGAUGUUGAAUGAAUUAGAGAAAGCAACGAAGAAAUUCAAUAAUCAUGAAGAGACACGGAAGGUGUUCGAUCAAAAGCUUCAAUGGAAGAAACAAGAUGUAAGUCAUCUAAAACAAACUUCUCUUUGGAAUCAAACAUAUGAUAAAAUCAUCGAGUUAUUAGCUAGAACAAUUUGUACCAUCUACGCCCAAAUCAAUAUCCAAAAACAAGGGUGGGUAAUUCAAAACUCGACAAUUGGAGGGUCUGGGCUAGCUUUACAUUACUCGAAAGUGAUAAUCAUAAUCGAGAAAUUCCUCUGCUACCCAAAUCUAGUUCGAGAAGAGGAAGCUCGAGAUGAUCUAUACCAAAUGUUACCGAAAAGCUUAAGAAGGUCCCUUAAAACCAAAUUGAAGAACAUGAAGUCUGAUUCUGAUUCUGAUUCUGAUUCUGAUUCUGAUUCUGAUUCUGAUUCGAUGAUCAAUGAUUGGAGAAGGAAGGUGGAGGAAAAGGUGAGAUGGAUUGGGCCUCUUGCACAUAACAUGAUUAGGUGGGAAAAUGAGCGUAAUUUUGAGCAACAACAAAUGUUAUCGAGAACCAACAACGUUAUGUUGAUGCAGACAUUGUAUUAUGGUGAUAGGAUUAAGGUUGAAGAUGCGAUUUGUGAAAUGAUUGUGGGGUUGAACUAUAUAUUUCGAGAUGAGCAUGAACAAAAACGAGAGGAUAAUAUGGUAUUGGAUUGUGAUAGUAGUUGCAGCUUUGAUUUUGAAGAUUUUAUUGAAUGGCAAAUGGAUCAUCAAUCAAUCUAUGUAUAGAUUCUUGAUUAUAUGAUAUGUAUAUGAGAUGUACAUUAUAGUUUCACUUCAUUAAUAUUGAUUGUU